AUGAAUCGGCUAUUGUUUUUGAUAAUCCAACUUGUAUUUUCUGUCAUUUCUUUUUCUUGGUUUUCACAUUCGGAAUAUCAAAGGUAUUUAAAAAAUUUUUAAAUUAAAUUUGAAAAUGAUUUAUUUAUUCCAGGAAUCUGAUAAAUCCUGGAAAUUCUCAAGAUGAAAAUGGACCUAUGAAAACUGAAAAAAAUAUUCCAGAAAAUGUAUAUAGUAUUUUCAUGAGACCCAAACUUGAAGAAAAUACAAGAAAAUCGUGGAGAGCACGACAAUAUGAAUAUGGUCCGAUGUGGAGAAGAUAA